AUGUCCAUGGGCAGCAACACAGCGUUAUCACAUUGCAGUACUCAAAGCCGGCAUAUGUUGCACAUGUUUAACAACUCCCUGGGAAAACUGCAGCGGCAACUAGACAAGGGAGAGUAUGAUAUAUUCAAGCACAUACCAAUGUUUGAGAGCGACUUUAUCCAGAUCAGCAAAAGAGGAGAAGUGCUUGAUGUGCACAACAGUGUGCAAAUGGUGACUGUGGGCAUUGCAUACACUGACCCAAACCUCGCAAUACCAGACAUCAUGCUGCUGGCACGACCAGCUCUGAGCUGUGCAGCCAAUGCCAGACAUGACAAGGAUACACAGGGAAGGGGCCUCAAGUCAAUAAAGAGCUUGGAGCUGACCAGGCUGCUUCCUCUGAAGUUUGUAAAGUUAUCCAUCUAUAAUCAUGAGAAAAAACAGCUCCACUUGAAACUUACCACUGGUCGCUCUUUUUACCUACAACUGUGUACCCUUUCAGAUUCUAAAGAAGAUCUCUUUUCCUACUGGGAAGACCUGGUGUACCUCCUGAGACCUCCAGUGGAGGCUUACAGUGGUACACAGGCUGAACCAGUUGGUGACAUGAUGGAUAUACCUGUGUUGGAGGCAGAGGAUAAGAAGAGCCCAGCAGCAGUGGAGCUCCAUGGAGAAGGAGACCAAGAUCAGGUCAGCAUAAGGAGCCUUCCCACAUUUGCUGAUGUGUCAGGAUCCACUUCUCUUGCUUAUGCUGGUGGGGAAGGAAUCCAACAUCACUCUUCCCACACACACUGUUUGCUUAGGAACAAGCUCUCUGUCCUAAUUAUGGCAUCUACAGGGCCUGACGAAGUGGCAACAUCAGGGCCAGCAGCAGUUAUGCCUAAGUGCUGCAUGAGUGUGGCUGCAGGAGAAAAGAUGACCUGUUACAGAGACAGAUGA